AUGGUGGAUACAUGUGAAUACAAGAAACGAGAGCUAAAGAUGGAAGAAGAGGAUUCCAGCGCCAGUAAAAAGAUCAAACUAGAGUUGGAAGAGAACGAAACUACUGUGCUUGCUGGUUCCGCCACAGAGCCACCCUCACCAUCAAAGAAUGAAUCUAUGCAAGACGAGGCCAAAGACCAAGACAAAGACCCUGAAUUCUUCACUACAUCCAUGUACACAGACGAGUUCAAUACUAUGCUGGAAACUGUAUUAAACGGUGAACAGUUCUUGUUUAGCACGGAUGAGUUACAAGUGUUUGAGCAAUUUCAGUUGCUGGAAGACGAGUCAAAGCAUUUGAUAGUUCGGUUACUGAUGAGAAAGCAAAAAUGGCUCAGGAUGAGCAAAUUCAACUAUGCAAGAAACAUUCGUGAUUUGGACAAAACUGCUGCGGACCUUGAGAUGCAUGGAUUCGCAGACACCACCAUAAAGGACCUAUCUGAAGCACUUGCUAUACUGUCAAAAGAUGAGCUCAAGGCGAUUGUAAAGGCACGACGUAUGCAAAAUUCAAUGGACUCUAGUACAAGAAAAGAUGGUUUUCUCAAGGAAAUACUUCAGUUUGCCUCUACAACCAGUAUUAUACCAGAAUCUAACGCAAGCAAGAUGCAGGAUUUAUGGGCCUCUAUCAGACAGCUCUUGGGAUCAUGCAUUCGAGUCAAUCCAGCACGCAGAGCAUUGUUUGAAAGAGUGCAAAUCGUCUAUUACCGCAUCAACCUGCUGGAUGAUUUCAACCCCAUGUCCAACGCCAUCUUGGCCAGAACAAGCAAACGAGUCUAUCCAGAGUACACGCCAUGCCGAUCCAGCAGCAUCUGGCUCUGUCGCGCUGAUUUACUGAGAUACGAGCAAGCCUUGCAAACAGAGAAGGCGUUUUAUCAAAUGACAGAAGGACUCAAGGUGUUCAAUACCUCCAAAACGAAAAAAGUCAUUUCUGCCGAGGGAGGUGAUGCAACGGUGCGCCAGAAAAUGGUAGAGGCAUGGACCAUUUGUGAGAACAGUAUUGGGAUCUGGGAGGAAUGCAUCAUAGAGGCUCAGGAGCGGCCUUAUUAUAUGAGACGUUUUGAAGCAGGUUGGAUCUACACCCGGUUGAUGGAUCACGGCACUGAACUGUUGGCCAAAAUGCACGAGUACGAAUUGGAGGUCUUGAUCUUGCAGAAGCUACUGGCCCAGCGCUUGUAUCGGCUGGGUAAAAGGGGCAAAUGGUAUGAUAGACUGGCUCUAGUACAAACCAUACAUAUCAAGAGCGACAAUACGAGGCUUCAGAAAAAGGCAGCAUUACAAACUUGCAUUGAUGCCAUCCACGAUAAUCGAGUGCAUCAAAUUUAUUUGCACGAUAUACACAAAAGGAUCAUCAAAUUAGAAAAAGACCUCUGUGUGCCUCGAAGAGAACAGCACGAUUUUAGCUACAUGAACCUAAAGAAGCCAAAAGAAAUAACGAUACACGGCGAGAGGAUCUCGGAGGAAAUCAUUGGUAAAAAGUCUGUAUGGCGAAGUGAUAAUGGCGCAGAAUGUUCAGUGGAACAAGUUUCACUAGAGUAUUACCAAAAGAAAGGGUUCAAAGGUUUACAUUGCGAGAAUGGUGUUAUUCGAAUGAUUAUGGUGCUUUUGUUCUGGGAUAUCGUAUUUGCACCCAUCCCUGGCGUAUUUGAAACACCUUAUCAAAGCGAGCCUCUGGACCUACGCACAGACGCCUUUUAUGAGAGCAGACAGGAUUUGAUCAACACCCGGUUACGAGAGAUAGAGAAGGGAGCGUAUAUAGAGAUUAUCAAACAAGUGGAUGAACGAGAACGACCAAGAAACACAGCCUGCAUUGGCAUUAACUGGAAAUAUGAACCUCAGGACAUUUUAGAGAUUGCGGAAUGCAUAGGGCCCGCUUCUUUGGCGUCACUGAGCAAGCUGUUCUUUGAGGAAUUUGGCCAACGUCAAGGCGGCAUGCCUGAUUUAUGUUGCUGGAAUUACGACAAGAAACAAUGCUUGUUUUCUGAAGUCAAAGGGCCCAAGGAUAAACUCUCGAAAACACAGCAGGUCUGGAUUGAAACACUGACAGGAUUUGGUAUUGAUGUGGAAGUGUGUCAUGUCCAGAUAUGGAAGGGAGAAGAUAUCUUUUUGCACGACGAUGCUUGA